AUGCACAACUAUCAAGGCGUUCUCCCUUGGGCGGUGCUUCUCUCCUCUUUGGGGAAGGCAAUGGCAGGAUUGGACUUGAACUCAUCUUCAAACAUAGCUGUCUACUGGGGUGUCAUCCCGCUGGCUUUUGAUAUGAUGAUCAAUGGCGCAGGGGGCGCUCCAGAAGUGGAUUUCUCGGUUACGAGUAAAGACUGUGACGUCUUUCCCGGCACUCAGCUGAAGAACUGUCCCCAAAUUGCUAAGGAUAUUAAAGACUGUCAGAGCCAGGGAAAGACAAUUCUGUUGUCCAUCGGCGGUGCCACAUACAGCGAGGGCGGCUUUUCGUCAGAAGAUGAAGCGAAAGCUGGUGCCCAGCUGAUGUGGGAGACGUUCGGGCCCAAGCAGGACGGAUCAGACGCAAAACGGCCCUUCGGAGAUGUUGCUCUGGAUGGGUUCGACUUCGACUUCGAGGCCAAUGUUCAGAACAUGGCUCCGUUUGCGAAUGAACUCCGCUCCCUGAUGGAUGCUGAGAAAGAUAAGAAGUACUUCUUAACUGCUGCACCGCAGUGUCCUUACCCGGAUCAGGCCGACAAAGAGAUCCUCAAUGGCCCCGUAUCAAUUGAUGCCGUGUGGGUACAGUUUUAUAACAACUUCUGCGGCGUCAACGCCUUCAGCAAGAACGAAAAGGAUUCUAAGUUCAACUUCGACCAGUGGGACGACUGGGCCAAGAAGGUAUCCAAGAACAAGGACGUCAAGGUCCUCCUCGGCGUGCCAGCCGGCUCGACCGCCGCCAGCACCGGCUACGUCCCAGCGUCCCAGUUGCAGGACGUGAUCGAGUACGCUAAAACCUUCGAUAGCUUCGGAGGAGUCAUGAUGUGGGAUAUGACACAGGCAUAUGCGAAUAGUGGCUUUAUUGAUAGUGUGCGGGAAGCACUGGGAUCGGGGCUCUCCAGUUCGUCGUCGUCCACUUCGGCGUCGAACUCGGCGUCUUCCUCUUCGUCAACUAACUCACCGCAUCCUUCACCAUCCUCCAAACCACCCGCGUCCUCGUCCUCCUCUUCCUCCUCAUCUGGAUCUGGGGACUCCUCCACUGGCAAUGAAACACCGACAACUACGACAACCACCUCUACCACCUCCACGAGCUCCCACGAACCGAGCGCAACCCCAACCGAUGACGGCGACGAUCUCCCAGACAGCACACCCACAUCGUCGACUUCCGGCGAGUCGUCGCAAUCCUCGACCACGUCCUCUACCUCGAGUCCAGCACCCACGACCCUGUCAACGUCGACCACUUCAGUUAGCCAGGAGACUCCCAAGCCACCUAAGGCUACCACCAAGCCGCCUAAGAAUACCACUCAUCCCAAGCCGCCUAAGACUACCACUCAUCCCAAGCCACCUAAGACUACUACCCCUCCCGGCUCGGAUGACGACAAGAAUGAUGAUGGCAAAUCCAAGGACUCCUCGGCCCUAGACCUUAUCCCCGACCUCUUCAGCACCGAUCUUUUUGGUCUUCUUAGCACUCUCCGUGAAGCCAAUGGUCGAACCGAAGGACGUCACGCAGGAGGACAUCACCACGGAGGUCGCCACCACAGUCGACCGUUCCGUGCUUAA